GAAAAGCAGAGAUUGUUGUGUCGAGCAACUGAUAAAGAUACUACAGCUGAAGCCUUUUUGAGAAGAAAUAGCCAACAUGAAGACCGUUCUGUCCGUCGCUUUCCUCGUCGUGGCUCUUUGCCUGGUGUGUGAUGCUGUGGAAGUCAAGGAAGGUGAUUUUUCCUUUACAUUGGAGUCGGUGAGAAUUCUCCAGCAGUUGGCUGAGCAACCAAAAACACAAAACCCUCGGCUGGCCAAGACGAGCUACUAUUCUGUGUGUUCCAAUCCAAGCCUGCCACAAGAGUUUGUUCCCUUGUGUAUGCAGAGAGGAGCUACGAUGUCCUUUGCUAGGCUAGCAUCUGUGCCUGUGGACGUCUGUGAAAUAUGUGCUUUCGCGGCUUGCACCGGCUGCUAAUUCCUCCCGUCCUCCCCCUCGCCUUCAUUAAAAGAAAUCUGCAUAUUUUCAAUCAUUGCCAUAAGUUCACAGAGUUGACCAUAUGAACGUUUGAAUAUUGCCUGAAUGGCUAUCUAAAAAUGGCAGCAGACGGUUGAUGAACUGUUACUUUAAUGCCCUUCCCUUCUUUUCCUUUCCCAUGUUUUUUUGUUACAGCACAUAUUUCAUUUAUUUAAAAAAAGUGUCUUUUUAUUUUUCUAUUUCUUUGGGUUGUGUACUCCUUUGUGUGUGGUGAUGCCUCAGUGUUUAAUAAAAUACAUCAAAUCUGA